AACUUUUUAAGACGGUCCUUAAUAGCUUGGUAAUUACCAAUGCUUUAAGAGAAAAUGUUAAUUAACGAUAAUUUGAAGAGUUUUUUUGUAAAUACAUGAAUAUUCUAAAAAUGUGUAAUAUUUAGAUGAGUUUCCAGUUAAUUUUUUUUGGAAAUAAGUGUGAUGAAAGUGGAAACGGAAAAAUAACAUCUUGUAUCAGAAUAUGUAUAAUAAUACGAAAUAUUGACGAGAAAAAUUGGUUAGGAAAUAUUGUAUGGAAAAAAUAUGUUAUUUUAUAUUUCGAUAAAAAAAUCGAUUGACAUAUUAAAGUUUACAUGUAAACAAAAAUAUAACUAAAAUUUUUAGCAAAUCGUGUUAGGUUAAAUUUUUGUUUACUAGAUUUUUAUUCUUAGUGUAAAUCAAGUAAAAAGUUCUUGUUUUGUAAAGCCGGUUCUACCUAUUUCUAAUGAUUAUAUUCUAUUUUUAACAAAAGUUCAAGGAUAAGUUGCUCUCAAAUUUUAUAGGUUGGAAUAUUAAAACUUAAUUCACAAAAUAUAAAUUUUAUUCAUGUUUACUAUAAUUAUUUUUACAUAUAAGUAUUUAAGGUAACGUGAAUUUGAAAAAAAAAGCCUGUGAUACAUAGAAAAAAAACCUGUUCGUACGCGAAAAAUCUUUAAGUUAUUAAUUGGUUAUAAUUAAAUGUAAUAAAAUUGUAAAAACUUUUAAGGCGAUGCUUUAAAAACACGAAGAGAUCAUAAUAUAAAUGUAAAAAAAUGACUAUUUUAUCCAUGAGAUGUGCAAUUUAAAAGAUUUUAUCUCUAUUCUAAAAAAAAUCAAAAAUAAUUUAAAUUACAAUACAAGGAUUAUGGCUUAUGUGAUCGUUUUGUCAAAUCGAUCAAAUCUUCUUAAUUAUUUUAAACAUUUACCAAUUUUAGGUUAUAUUUUGAUAGAGCAGUGAAAUGUCAACUAAUGUUGACUUAUCACUCGAGUGUUCAACAUAAAAAUGUAAAUUUUUUAUGCAUUCAUAUAUUAUAUUUAGAAAAAUUGUUCCAAAUUUAAAAAGAAAAAUCAUCCCCCAUAUAAAAUUGAAAUCAUAUCUUCGCCGCACGUACUUAAUUAAUUCUACUCGAUACAAAAGCAUGGAUAGUUCACAAUUUGAGGUACUUCCACCGCCUAUUAAAAGCGAGAGCGAUAAAAAAGAGUAUAAAGUAAUAAAAUUAAAAAAUGAAUUAGUAGCUUGUCUUAUAUCCGAUAAAGCUGCGAUUCCUAAAGAAGAAAUAGAAGCAGGUGAGACCGACGAAGAAUCGGAAACAAGUUUGUCGUACAGCUCAGAUUCAGAAUCAAGCGAUUCUGAUGCAAGUCGAGUUUCUUCAAAUUUAGAAGAAAAGAAAUCUAAUAUAAUAGAUCAGAAAAUGGCAGCAGCGGCUUUGUGCAUAGGAGUUGGUAGUUUCAGCGAUCCAAAAGAAAUCCCGGGUAUGGCUCAUUUUUUAGAACAUAUGGUAUUUAUGGGUAGCGAAAAAUUUCCCGCUGAAAAUGAUUUUGAUUCAUUUAUUAAAAAAAGUGGUGGUAAUGAUAACGCUUCAACUGAUACAGAAACAACUUGCUUCUAUUUCGAGUGCCUUGAAAAACAUUUACAAGUAGCUUUGGAUAAGUUUUCUCAAUUUUUUAUUUCUCCUUUAAUGAAAAAAAACGCAAUGACUCGAGAAAGAGAAUCGAUAGAAUCUGAAUUUCAAAUGGCACUACCCUCUGAUUCUUCUAGAAAAGAACAACUUUUAUGCCAAUUAGCAAAGCCUGAAACUCCUGUAAAUUCUUUUGGAUGGGGAAAUUUGAAAACUUUACGUGAUGAUAUAUCUGAUGAAAAGUUGUACGAAGGGGUACAUGCGUUUAGGAAAAGACAUUAUUCGGCUCACAGGAUGACUUUGGCUAUACAAGCUAGAUUACCAUUGGAUACUCUUCAAAAAUUUGUUGUGGAAUCUUUUUCUCAAGUACCAAACAACAAACUAAGCAAAGAUGAUUUUAGUGCCUUUUCAGAUGUAUUUAACACUCCGGAUUUUACUAGACUUUAUUAUAUUAAACCUAUCAAACAAAUGAUUAAAUUAGAUUUAAACUGGAGCUUACCAUCCUUACAACAUAAAUAUAAGAGUAAACCUUUGCAUUAUGUGUCGUUUUUAAUAGGAGACGAAGGUAGAGGAAGUUUAUUAUCUUAUUUAAAGAAACGGAUGUGGGCUAUUUCAAUUCAAGCCGGUAACGAAGAAACUGGUAGUGAUCAUAAUUCCAUGUUUGCCUUAUUCAAUAUUUCAGUAGGUCUUACUGAGGAAGGUCAGAAACACGUAUUUGAAAUAAUUGAAGCUGUUUUCUCUUACAUCAAUUUACUUAAAAAAGUUGGACCACAAAGGAGAAUAUACGACGAAAUUAAAUUGAUAAUCGAUACAAGCUUCAGAUUCGCCACUGAAUCAUCACCUGUAGAUAACGUGGAAAGUUUGUGCGAAUCCAUGCAGAUCUACCCAUCCGCAGAUUACAUAACAGGAUCUGAGAUAUUUUACGAAUUCGAUCCUAAGGCUAUAACAACUGUAAUGGAUAGUUUAGUCCCGAAGAAAGUUAAUGUUAUGGUUACAACUAAAGAUUUACCUGAUGGUCUAAAAUUUGAUAAAACAGAAAAAUGGUUCAGUACUGAAUAUACUGAUCUACCUAUACCUGAAGAUGUAAUAACCAAAUGGGAAACCGUAGAACCUUAUCCUGAAUUAAACGUCCCACCUAUUAAUCCUUAUUUAACUAAUAACUUUGCCAUCCUUCCAGAAACGAACAAACAUCCGGAAUAUCCUCAAAAAUUGAUAGAUACAGCAAAAUGCGAGCUGUGGUUUAGAAGAGAUCAAACUUACAAGCUUCCCAUGGCUUAUUAUUAUUUCUGUUUAGUAAGUCCUACAGCUGUAGAGUCUGCUAGAAGUUUGACGUUAUCAGAGAUGUUUUUGAAUCUUUUGUCGUUUGCUAUAGCCGAAGAAGCUUAUCCUGCAAAUACUGCCAACAUCGGGCAUCAAUUUAGUAUGGGCGAAAAGGGGAUUGAAUUCAAAGUGUCUGGGUUUAACGAAAAAAUACCAACGCUUAUAGAAGUUAUAACAAAAUAUAUAAAGAACCUACAGGAUUUUAUUGACGAAAGGAUGUUUGAGGUAAUAAAAGAAACUUUGUUGAAAAGCUAUUGCAACAAGAUACUCAAACCUUCUACUUUAGCAAAAGACACUCGAUUAAAAGUGUUAUUAGUUAAUUAUUGGACCCCCGUUGAUAGAUACAACGAACUAUCGAAAUUAACUUUCGAAGACGUCGUUAUUUUUAUGAACGAAUAUAGAAAAAAAUUGUAUAUUAAAUCGUUGGUACAAGGGAACGUUUCGGAAGAUGUAGCUCUUAAUACUGUUAAAAAUUUCGUCGAAACUUUAGAAAUCGAAGAACUUCCGAAAGAGCAUUAUCCCUCGUUCGUAAUAGCCCAAAUUCCGUUAGGUCAAAAAUGUUUAUUGGUGGAAUCGUUUAAUAAAAACGACACCAAUUCUAUAACGUCUAAUUACUACCAAGUGGGACCUUAUAACAUAAGAGAUAGCGUCAUUAUAGACAUAAUGAUGAUGAUUAUAGAAGAACCUUUAUUUGACGUAUUACGAACUAAAGAACAAUUGGGGUAUCACGUGUAUUGCACCUCGAGGGACACUUACGGAAUUUUAGGAUUCUCUUUAACGGUUAAUUCUCAAGCCGUUAAAUUCACAACUCAUCACCUCGAUCAAAGGAUAGAAGCAUUUUUGAAACAUUCCCAGAAAAUAUUAGAAGAAACGUCCCCCAAAGAUUUCGAAGAGAUCAAAGAAGAUUUGAUAAAAACUAAAGAAUUGGCAGAUACUCAUCUAAAAGAAGAAGUAGAUAGAAAUUGGUCAGAGAUAACGAACGAUUAUUUCAUGUUUGAUAGAAUUAAAAGAGAAAUCGAAGAAAUUAAAGUAACUAAAUACCAGGAGAUAAUAAAUUGGUGGAAUAGUUAUAAUUUGUUCGGGAAACAAGAAAGUUGUAGGAAACUUAGUAUACAAGUGAUUGGACACGUUCCAGAUGCAGGCGUGGUGUCUAAAGGGGAAACAUUAGAGGCUUUCACUGAUAAACAAAUCAUGGUUAAAUUGCUUGACAGUAACGAUGUGAAACGCGAAGUGGCAGCUUCGGAUUAUAUUGUUGAUAAUAUCGAUGCAUUCAGAGCUAAAUUGGAAUUGUUUCCUCCAAGAUCUAUUAAAUAGAUGUUGGAGCAAUAAAUAAUAAAAAAAUUGUAUGUUACGAAAAUUUUUGAUUUUUUAUAUUGUUUAUUAAAAAUCUGAUCACAUUUA